CAUUAAAUUCUUCUUCCGUGUUAUAUUGCAUCAAUCAUUUAUUUCUCCUCGUUUCUUGAAGGCACAUAGAGUAAAGAGGCAAACAUUAUUUGUGAUUCUCUGUGUGUAUAUGCAUAUACAUUUUUAUAGGCAUAAAAGGAGAAUAGUGUCACUACUUAGUUUUAGUUAAAUUGCUUGGACAUACACAUUAUACUUGUAUGGACCUAAUGUUGGAAACGAUACUUUUAAAACAGGUAAAAGAUAGUGAACAUCUAUAUAUUUAUUUUGCUCUAGAAUGAGUGAAAUAUAAACAUGAGAUCUAGGAAACAAUGCUUUUUAUUAAAAAAAAAACUGUAAACAAUUGUGUAUACCUAUCUAUUUAUAUGUACUAGAAUGACUAAAAUGUAAAUGUAAAUUUUUUGUUAGUGUUGAACUAAUCAUUCAACAGUUCUAUAUGUUAUCAUCUUUUUUUGGUACUCCGAUAGAAAACCCCUGGUAUCCAGUAAUUAUAUUGUACUAAAACUAAUAUGAAGUUUAGUUAGUACUCAAAAAAUAUGAAGUUUAGUUACUAUUGAAUGUCAUAGUGGGAACUCUCUCAAUGGUUGUUGCUCCAUUCACAAAAGGCUUGAAACCAAGACAUUGCUCAAAUAGGACCGAGUUCUUUCCAUUCUAACUGCAGGUUGUUGGUAAAUUGUAUGUUAUUUUUAGUAUGCACAAAUUGUCAUUUGAAGGGAGUAUAGUCAAGGAAAUAAUCUUUGAAAAAAUAUAAUAUAAGAUGCUGUGGAUGCAAUUCUCCAUGGGUAUUGAAUUACUAAGAGUCUUCACAUAGGCUGUAUUUACAGUCACCCAUAGACACUAUAUAGACAUCAUAUCAUGGCAAUAAAUGUGUAACCGGCAUCGGGUCUCGCCAGUCGCAUUUCUUCUGCUAUGUGGUCUGCUGCAGAGUAGGUGUGGAAAAUUAAAUUCAGAGAACUAGAGAGUGGGGGAAGAGAGUGGGAAUGGGUAGAACACCUUGUUGUGACAAGAAGGGGCUGAAGAAAGGGCCUUGGACUCCUGAAGAAGAUGAAAAGCUCAUUGAUUUCAUCAAGAAGAAUGGGCAAGGCAGCUGGCGUUCUCUUCCCAAGCUUGCAGGACUUCUUCGCUGUGGGAAGAGUUGCCGUCUCCGAUGGACAAACUACCUCAGGCCAGACAUCAAAAGAGGUCCAUUCAGCUCUGAGGAAGAGAAGCUUGUGAUACAAUUACAUGGCAUUCUUGGCAACAGGUGGGCUGCAAUUGCCUCCCAGUUACCUGGAAGGACUGAUAACGAGAUUAAGAACUUGUGGAAUACCCAUCUGAAGAAGCGCCUGCUUUCCAUGGGCAUUGAUCCUCAGACUCACGAGCCCUCAUCUGAAUCUAAUGGGCCACAGAGGAGACUGCCUACAACCCCCUCUGCCCGCCACAUGGCACAAUGGGAAAGUGCUAGGCUUGAAGCUGAGGCUCGCCUUUCAAGAGAAUCAAAACUCUUGGUUCCAUCAACAAUUGGAGGUUCUGAAGCUGACUUUUUCCUACGCAUAUGGAAUUCGGAGAUAGGAGAAGCAUUUCGUAAGUUAAAGAAAGGAGUCAAAUUUGCUUGUCAAAGUCCGAUCUCCCAAGCAUCUUCAUCAACAAAAUAUGGGUCAGCUUCAGGAACCACCACCGAGAUGGACAUCACUCUAGCUGGUUCUGCAGAUGCAGGGGGCAACCCAAAUGAAGAUCCAGAGGGGAAGAGUAACAGAUCUUACACCGAUGAUCCCCUACAAGGGUCUGAAACAUCAUGUUCCAACGAGUUGGAAGAUUCAUCUGAAUCAGCUCUACAACUUCUAUUGGAUUUCCCUACCUAUAACGACAUGAGCUUCUUAGGACACAAUGACACGUACAGCAUAUAUCCUGCGUUUUUGACCGAAAGCACUUUGAACUGCUCCUCUGCAGAGCAUUAAAGUCCCUUGUCCAUCUAGAGAACCAGAUUGUCUAUAUUUUUGAGCUGGUUGUUUUUUAGUAGCUCCAGCUGUAGAAUUCUGGACAUUGACUUUAUAUUAUGUGCCCGAGAGUAUGCAUAUACUAGUUGAUGUUUGUAUAAGAAUGUAUCCAUCUAGUCUGGUCUGGUCUGGUCUAGUCUAGUAUUGUACCCUACUGCACUGCAAGUAUUGUUUUGGUAUAUGUUAUUUAGUGUUGCAAGACUACAAAUCUGGUCUAAAACUUGUUUCUGAAA